AUGGGCAGUGGCGUUGUUGGCGGGCGGGGCGCGAUGGCGGCGCUGGGUCCCGUGUGGGGCCGCAGUUUUUCCCUGCUCCAGCGCCCCUUCCCGCUCCUCGCGAACCGCCCGGAGCUCCUGCCCGGCCGCCCCCCCGGCCUCUGCCGCCCUCCCUGGACCUUCCAGCAGCUCCGCGGCAAAGCCCGAGGCAACGAGUACCAGCCCAACAACUGGAAGCGCAAGAAGACGCACGGCUGGACCCGCAGGAUCAGCACCCCCGGCGGCAUCGCCGUCAUCCUGCGCAGGAUGCUCAAGGGCAGGAAGUCCCUGACCCACUGAGGGGCGGCCCCAAACCCGCCGGGAAUUUGGGAUGAGCCCAGGGGUUGUCCCCGGGCCUUUGUAAAUUUAAAUUGCUUCUUGAAGUGCGUGUUUAAAGUGCUCCUCGAGCUGUAA